AUGGACCGCGUGAUCAUGCGGCAUCUGAAGCUGCUGCCGGCAAGCACCAAACACAAGCAAGUGGAGGCGCCUCAUUGUCCUCCGCCCAGUCGGGUGCUCAUCGACCAGAGAUGCGCCGAGGUAACAGACGAAUGCAUGCGACUCCAAGCAGAGGCAAUGAAGGAGCUCAACGAGGUCGCCAAGUCUCUGGCUUUGAGCAACGGCGACGAGCACCAGCAGGACAUCUUCGACCUCGCCGGCGAGGAGCAGCGGCGGUGGGUCGGGAACGGCGGGGACCUCGACUACGACAUCGACGCCGUGCUGGCGUCCAAGCCGCGCGGCACGGUGCGGGUCGGGCUCGACAUCGGCGGCGGCACGGGCACGUUCGCGGCGCGCAUGGCGGAGCGCGGCGUGACCGUGGUGACCACGACCCUCGACCUCGGCGCGCCACUCGGCGCCUUCGUGGCGUCGCGCGGGCUCGUCCCGCUCGACCUCGGCGCCGUCGCCGGCCGGCUCCCGUUCUUCGACGGCACGCUCGACAUCGUGCACUCGAUGCACGCGCUCGGCAACUGGAUUCCCGGCGAGGUGAUGGAGGCGGAGCUGUACGACAUCUACCGCGUGCUCCGGCCGGGCGGGAUAUUCUGGCUGGACCACUUCUUCUGCACCGGGAAGGAAAUGGCCGAGGUGUACGUGCCCAUCAUCGAGAAGGUCGGGUUCCGGAAGCUCCGGUGGAACACCGGCAAGAAGCUCGACAAGGGGCCCAACGCCGACGAGUGGUACAUCUCGGCUCUGCUGGAGAGGCCUAUGAUGUGA